AACUGUUUCCUGAAGUUUGGUGUUUGGCGAUAUAUGUUAUUUUGAGCAGAGUGAAGCAGGCAGAAGAAAGCUAAACAGGAAUGGGGAUGAUAAUGAAUUGGUAGUGUUAACGAGCUUUGACGUUCAGGUAUUCCCAUGUAGAAAAGGACUGGUACUAACUAACUUAGACCAUUUAAAGCAAAAGUGCACAAAUGGAGGACUUUGGGAAAAUUGUGUUCAGUGCAUUUAUAGUGUGGUUUACCCUGGUGGUUGGGCUUAUCAUGCUGCCUGCGAUGUUUGGAAUCUCCCUGGGAAUAACAGAAGUUUACAUGAAGGUUUUAGUGAAGACACUUGAGUGGGCCACUUUAAGGAUUCAGAGAGGUUCAAAGGAACAGCAGAAACCUACGACUUUAGUUUCUAAUGGUAUUAUCCUAAGAGAUGACAGUUCUAUGGAGAAGGAGAUCACAGACCUGAGGAAGGGCCGGAGCAGACCCCAAAUAAAUGGAGAAUUUGAGUUGAGCGACAUCUUCUACUUCAGUAAGAAGGGCUUUGAGUCCAUCGUGGAAGACGAGGUCACUCACAGGUUCACCUCUGAGGAGCUGGUCUCCUGGAACCUGCUGACCAGGUCCAACAACAACUUCCAGUACCUCAGCCUGCGCAUCUCCAUCAUCUGGGUGCUGGGGGUCUUCAUUCGAUACUGCAUCCUCCUCCCUCUCAGGGUUACCCUAGCAACGAUUGGGUUAAGUUGGCUGGUUAUAGGAGCCUCAUUGGUAGGACUGUUGCCAAACAGCAGUGUGAAAAACUGGCUAAGUGAGCUUGUCCAUCUGAUGUGCUACAGAAUCUGUGCCAGGGGCCUGUCAGCUACCAUCUAUUAUCACAACAAAGAAAACAGACCAAGGAAAGGUGGUAUAUGUGUUGCAAACCACACCUCCCCAAUAGACAUUGUCAUUCUGGCCAAUGAUGGUUGCUAUGCUAUGGUUGGCCAGGUGCACGGUGGCCUACUGGGAAUUAUUCAAAGAGCCAUAGUGAAGGCCUGUCCACAUGUCUGGUUUGAGAGGUCAGAGAUGAAGGACCGUAACCUAGUGACAAAACGACUAAGAAAUCAUGUUGCAGAUAAAACAAAGCUUCCAAUAUUAAUUUUUCCUGAAGGUACUUGUGUAAACAACACAUCAGUAAUGAUGUUUAAGAAGGGAAGCUUUGAAAUAGGAGGGACUAUAUAUCCAGUAGCAAUCAAGUAUGAUCCUCGUUUUGGAGAUGCUUUUUGGAACAGUGCAAAAUACAACAUGGUGAGCUACCUAAUUAGAAUGAUGACCAGCUGGGCGAUUGUGUGCAACGUUUGGUACCUGCCAUCGAUGACCAGACAGGAAGAAGAAAGUGCAGUGCAGUUUGCUAACAGAGUGAAGGCAGCCAUUGCCAGGCAAGGAGGCUUGGUGGAUCUGUCCUGGGACGGUGGCCUGAAACGAGCAAAGGUAAAAGACGCAUAUAAAGAGGAGCAACAGAAAUCUUACAGCAAGAUGAUUGUUGGAGACGACAGUAGCUGAACUAAAACUUUAGUGGCAAUUUCCAAAGGAAGCUGAGUCUUCACAUGCAUCCAACUAAUUGAGUUGCAUCACAGUGCUGCUUAGUAUAUACUAAUGAUAGUGUGCACUAUGAUGGGAUGCUAGGUGUGCCUUGAAACAAAAACACAUCAUUUCAUCUAAUAUAGUAAAAAGUGACUGCUGAAAAUAUACAAAUAUGAUCAAAAACAUUUAACACAUGGUUGCACAGUGCUCAAAAAUCCAAGCAAAUGUCUUGUCUGUCCAAAAUUCAUCUUUGAAAAAUUAAAAAAACUUUAAUGCU